GACAGAUAAACAUUGGUCGAGAUACUUGCAACGUGUUAUAUGUAAAACCUUUAGAGACAGAAUCAAACGCGAAGACGGAAGAGGGAUUUUGUUCUGGUGUGACGCAUCCUUAAUAAAUACGAUCUUUUCCGUGACGUGCGUUUUGCGCGAAACUCGACCUGGAAAGCUGUGGACUAGCUGGAAAUGAGUAAAAAAGAAAACGGGGCGUCCCUCAUCCUUGCCUACCUAAAUGAGAAGAACCGGCCCUACAGUGCUCAGGAUGUUUUCUGUAAUUUACAAAAGCAACAUGGGCUGGGCAAAACGGCAGUGGUCAAAGCCAUGGAGCUGCUGGCCCUGGAAGGCAAGAUAAAGGAGAAAACAUAUGGCAAGCAAAAGAUUUACUUUGCUGAUCAGGCUCAGUUCAAAGAUGUGAACGACGCAGACCUGAAGGCAAUGGACCAUCAAAUCUCAGAGCUCAGUGGAGAGGUGCAGUCCCUUACUCAGAGCUGCAGGCAACUAGAUGCAGAACUGAAAGAGCUCAACAGCUCACUUACAACAGAGGAAAUGGUGUCAGAGAUCCGGGACCUAAAAGCAGAGUGCUCUGGGUACGGAGCCCGCCUAGAAAAGAUAAAGUCGGCCACAAAUCACAUCACGCCAGAAGAGAAAGACAAGGUUUAUAAAGAGCGAGAUCUCUACGUUAAAGAGUGGAAAAAGAGGAAGAGGCUGGCUUCAGACAUGAUAAGUGCGAUCCUCGAGGGCUAUCCAAAGAGCAAAAAGGAAUUCCUGGAAGAAGUUGGGGUGGAGACUGAUGAGGACUGUAAAGCGGUUCUUCCAAGUACUUGAAGAAGAACGCACUUUUUCAGCCACCUCGUCACUGAGCUAAGGAAAUGGAUCACACAGGAGCAGUCUGAGCCUCGCAGAAUACUUUUAUUUAUGGCCUUUUUUUUUUUUUUUUUUUCUUCAAUAAAUAAUACAACUUUAAUGUUAAAUUGAAAAUCCAUUCAUAACUGAAAAUGUUUUUACAAAAACAGCUUUGUUUGUGAAACUAACAGGUCACAAUAUUUGACAGCACUGAGGGAUGCUCGUCACCUCAAAGGCAACAGUGGUUUGAAGUUUCCCUUUUUAAAGCCAUUUAACCGAUCCUGAGCUUCACAAUGAAAAUAUUGAUUUCUUUAAAAUCUAUACAUUCUGUUCUUGUUCAAAUCCAUCUUUGUCAUUUUCUGCAAGCAUAAAUUAACUGUUUGUUUUUGUGUGUGUGUUUUAUCUUUAUGAGCUUCAGGUUAUAUACUUGUCAUAUUUUCUUUUUUAAAAUAAUAAGUUGCACUGUUCUCUGCUUAUUAAAAUGUUCAUGACCAUAAAUUCUGAUGCUGAAGCUCA